CUUCAAUUUUCACAUCUCCUAACAUACACAACUUAUACCCGAAUUUCCUGCCAAUCGAAAAUUGCAGGGUUUUGCUAGCAGGCGUGACGAAGCGUGGCGACGACACGAGGACCAGGACCAUAAACAACCAAAUAAAUGCCGGGCUUGCCAGGACUUGCCACGUUGCAGACCUUUUGGAUUCCGAUCAUACUUCUCUUUGCGCCUCUUGCCUCUUUCCUUCUAUCGCACUGGCAGAGUCCAAAAUCAGUAGGAUUAGGUGGUCGAUCGGACAAGGAAGAAGCCGACUCCCGUGCCCCGGAUUACUCGAACUUUGAUACUACAAAUAUACGUGUAACGAAGAUCCUCAUCCAUCCCAUCAAGAGCUGUAAGGGCACGUCUGUCUCAGAGGCAAAGUAUACCCUCGAAGGAUUAGAAAAUGAUCGGAGAUGGUGUAUAAUAAGGGCAGAUAAUAAUGCAGUCGUGACUGCGCGAGAUGUGGACAAGAUGGUUCUUAUAAUCCCUCGUAUCAUUCCGGAGUCCCCAUCCCAAGAGGGCGGCUGGCUCGAGGUAUCUUUCCCAAAGGAGUCGGGCUGUGAGCCUUUCUCCGUACCAUUAAACCCCACUGAGGCAACAGUCCAGAAUUGGCAGAACCUCGAUAAUAUAUCAUUGUGGGGUAAGGAUGAUGUCGAAGGAUACGUAUGCGAGACCAACAUAGGAAGGUCACCCUCGGAGAUACUUUCACAAUAUAUGGGGCUACCAGUUCACCUGGCUAUGAAGGGCCCUCGGCUGCGGAUCUGUCCGCCCACUCAACGGUUUCCCAACCUAGCUGCACCCUCAUAUUUUCAGGAUGGGUAUCCUAUAAUGCUGCUCUCUGAAGAAAGCGUUGCGGCCGUGCAGGAGCAGAUCAGAGGAAUGGUGGGCGUCCAAGGCGUGGAAGAGAAGUGGUCCAAUGAGACUUUGCAGGUAGAAAGGUUCCGCCCCAAUAUAGUAGUCCAAGGAGCCGGCGCACCGUUCUUCGAGGAUAUACUCACUGAGUUCACCGUCGAUUCUCAUCGCGAGAGCGUAGACGAGGCAUCGCCAAUCAUUCACCUUGUUUCUAAAUGUACUCGUUGUAUGCUACCCAACGUACAUCCUGAGACUGGUGUGCUUGACAAGGCGGUGCCAUUGAAGGUAUUGAUGAAGCAUCGAAGAGGCCUAGAUCCUGCACGGCCCAGUCUAUCAUGUAUGGGGUGCAAUGGGAUUCUCACCGCAGAUGGCGUGGUGAAGGUCGGCGAUUGGAUCCACGUUCGUAAGAUAGGAUUCGUAUGACUUGAGUUGUCUUGGAAGGUGUUGUCGUGCUUCAUAUUUAUCUGU